AUGUCAUACCCUAAAGAAAUUAUUUUCCCGACAGCAAACAAACUAGUAGUCCGACGCUUACUUCUUCGCAAUGCUACCAGAAUGGAUUUUGCUGUAAAGCUGCGAACAAAUAGCGCGGCAUUGGUACCAGAACCAAGUCAAGGAUUUCUUCGUGCUGGGCAUACUCAGUCGGUUUUGCUGCGCUUUAAUAGCGCAAAAAAUGCAUCGGUAGUGUUAAACCAUCUUAACAACAGCAAUAAAGAUUCUACAAUUUUUCAGAAACAAACGUUGAAAAUUUAUUGCCGUACUGUCAAUAGAAAAACUGAAGCUGAUUGUCGCCGCUGGUUUCUGUCACCUACAGACGAAUCUAAGGAAUCACACAACCAACUUGCUCAAACACUGAAAAUCAAAACAAGCAAAGGCUUUACUCCUCUGGAGACGGUUCUGGAUCUUCCCUGUAUGGCUCUAAUAAUUCAAGCGCAACAAUAUCCCGUAUUGACGGUUGAUGAUUCUGACACUGUUACUGCACAUCAAAUUGAUAGCGAUACAAAUACAGCCUGCAUGAUAUCAGAAAGUGAACUACUGGAGAUGCUACCGCCUGACUGUACAAUAAGUACCGCGAAAGGAAUUGAAGAAGCAAGCUGGAAUAAUAACAGCUUUUGGUAUGUCACUUCACGACCAAUUUGUGGAGUGCUUGAAAAGUUCUUCGAUUCUAUCUUUCCACCCGAUGACCGGCAAGAAGCAAUCGCACCUUGUGGAGCUACUCGAUAA